ACACUGACAGAAAAGUGGGCUGGUGGUUCACUGGUGGAGUGUUCUGCGGGUGUACGUGUAUGACAUAACGACGAUAACCGGCCCUAGACUCAGUGACGUGCACUAAUGGGGGAGUUUAGUUUGAGUGGCAACGCGAACAUCGGUUUGAGUGCUGUGGAGAUACCCGUGAACACGUCGAAGAACAGUACGAUAUUCUACACCACACCUACGUCGACGAGCAGCACAGACUCCAUCCUCCAGGCUCAGGGGCGGCCCAUGCAAGAUGAGCUCGCCGAUAAGGCCGGCAGCGGGCCCGCGGCGGACGAGCCCGGCACGGAGAAGGCGGCCAAGGAGGGCGACAGCGGGCCCGAGCUCGGCGACAAGCUGGAACAGGUGUCGACGAAGGCCGCGCCGUCGCUGCCGCUCUUCCACCCCGCCGAGGGCACCCCGGGGGCGCUGUGGUCCGCGGCCAUCGAGGACUCGUACGCGCCCGGCAUGAGCGUGAACGGCCUCGGGUUCCAGAACUUCCCGUCCCCGAACCAGCAGCAGCUGUUCGGCAACAACCAGAGCCAGGGCCGGCGGGCCAUCACGGCCAGCCACAACUUCCCCCAUAACAUGGGCCGGCAGCAAUCCGGCCACGCGCUGUACAAGGGCUACGGGUCGUGGGCCAGCCCGGGGCAGAGCUGGUCCGGGGGCUCUUCUGCCUGGAAUCGGGGCCGCAGCGUGCCCAACCUCACGCCGCUGCAGCAAAUGGGAGUCGCCGGUCGGAAACCCAGUCCCACGUUCAAUCAUCAACAAGUCAUAUCCCCCGUUAAGUUCAGACGCAGCACGUCCUAUCCGGGCAAAGGGCCUUUUCCACAGCCACCCACGUUCGAAAUCACCAACAUGGAUGAAGCGAGAGAUCUACUCCCGUAUCAGGAUCGGUGUGGUGUAGUGAACGCGAAUGGAAGUAGUCCUUUAGAAAAUAUGAGAGGCCUAGAACAUUACUUGAAUGACAUAAUGCGACCACCGGCAGACUCAACGGAUAUUAAAGGGUUUAUCAACUGCAAUACCAAUGCUUUCCAGUCACUGACACAGUUACAUGGGAAAUCGUCUUACUUCCAAGUUCUAGAUGACCAAGCCGGGCCGGUACUGCUCGAAGAGCCUCACUUAGUGGAUACUACGUUAGGUGGUGCUCAACCCCUUAGCUCUCCGUCGAGGUCGUCCCCGCAUUCGCAGGGUUCUGAGGGUGGUGAGAGAUUCUCGCGUAAAGUGUUCGUAGGAGGCCUUCCGCCGGAUAUAGAUGAAGACGAAAUCACAGCUAGUUUCCGAAGAUUUGGACCCCUAGUCGUCGACUGGCCUCACAAAGCCGAAAGCAAGUCUUACUUCCCCCCGAAAGGAUAUGCAUUCCUAUUAUUCCAGGAUGAAAAUUCUGUACAAAGUUUAAUAGACGCGUGCAUUACUGACGAGGACAAGUUGUAUCUAUGUGUAUCGUCGCCCACAAUCAAAGAUAAGCCUGUACAGAUUAGACCAUGGAGGUUGUCCGAUGCGGACUUCGUUUUGGAUGCAUCGAUGCCGUUAGAUCCUCGAAAAACUGUGUUCGUAGGUGGGGUCCCACGUCCUUUGAAAGCUGUGGAGUUAGCUAUGAUAAUGGAUCGUCUUUAUGGUGGAGUGUGUUAUGCAGGCAUUGACACAGACCCAGAGCUCAAGUAUCCAAAAGGGGCAGGACGCGUAGCUUUUAGUAACCAGCAAAGUUAUAUAGCGGCGAUUAGUGCACGUUUUGUCCAACUUCAACAUGGUGAUAUUGACAAAAGGGUAGAAGUGAAACCGUACGUUCUGGACGAUCAAAUGUGUGAUGAAUGUCAAGGACAGCGUUGUGGGGGUAAAUUUGCCCCGUUUUUCUGUGCUAACGUGACUUGUUUGCAGUACUAUUGUGAGCAUUGCUGGGCGACAAUUCAUUCGAGACCCGGGAGAGAGUUUCAUAAACCUUUGGUAAAGGAGGGUGCGGAUCGACCAAGAGCUGUUCCUUUCCGCUGGUGUUAACGCAGGAGCGCUUAGUCAGCGGCCGCCAUUUUUUAGCUUAUUACCACCGGCGGCACGGCUGUCCAUCGCAUAGGCAUAAUUAUCUAGUAGCAAUUAUACAUAUUUAAAGUAUACAUGUAACCAGUUAUCUUCUGUCUGAGGCGCCUGGUGGUAGCGGAUUCCACUGCACCAGCACCAGCCGAUGCGUCUGCGUUCAGCCAUUGUACGACUACGAUGUGUAUCGCUGUAUCUGAAAAGGAAGAUCCUUUUGGUUUACUGUUUUCGAGUAGAGGGGAACUAAGACAGAGGAACCAAAAGAGGUGUUUCUUCCGUAUGUAUAUGUCUAGUGCGGUACAGUCAGAAACUUUCAGGGUAUUGUAAAUACUAGUCUAAUCUGCAAGCCGCUGCUGGGCAGAGGACCUUCGCUUGCGGCGACCACUUAUAGCCCCCAAGUACCUGACCGGCCCGCCUUUGUCCGUGUCCCGCUAUUUAGCCCUAUGCCCUAACACUAACCCACCUUGGCUUUCCCGCUGCCCCGCGAACCUGCUUCAUGUCCGCACUCCUACCAUCCUUUAUUUUAAUGUGUGAUACCAUAAACGUCUUUAUGUAUUAAAUGAAUUGCACGGAUAUGUAUAGUAUAUUAUAUAUAUAGUAUCAGCUAUUCUAAGACUUUGUAUUUUUUAAAUUUGAAUUUUUAUACUAAACUGUUAUAAAUGGUGAUUAGCAAAAGUUUGAUGUGUGCAAUAAUUGCGUUGGAGGUGGCCCAGCUGACCUCGGCGCCGUAGAGUUUUAUCUUUAACCGUAAUUAAUGAAUAUAUAACAUAACGUUUCCUAGGUAAUUGUGUAAAUAGGCGCGGGGCGAUGAGAUUGCAGGCCGUACCCGUAAACGUCUAGUCAGGGUGCAGCCACCCGGCCCGUGCGAACCAUCUACAAUAUGGUACAAAUAUGUAUUGAUAUGAUUUGUAAAGAUUUACACUCCUUUUUCUACUGUUUGUAUAUUUGCUCGCCUGCCCUGUGGGGAGUAGAUGAUAGUUGAAACGGACAAGACCGUAUCAUAUUCUGUAGACAGUUGUCAUUUUGAUCUAACGAUUAUAUAACUUUUUAUCCGUUUUUGAGAUUUAGAAGUGUGUGCAGUCAGAUUGUUUCUAAACUGAUUGUAUAAUUUUCAUAUUUUUACUAUGUAAGCUGUGUAUUUAUUGGAAGUUUUUAAAGUUGUAUACAUUUUUUACUUUUUAUAACUGUUUUCAAACAAAUUUUUUGAGUUAUUAUUUACUAUUUUAUAUGUGGAUAUGGACACUCUCAAACUGCGAACUACGAACAGUCUGAGAUGAAGCUGGCAACAGUUGCGUGUUUCCAGUUUUGAUUGUAGUUACCAUUAGUGCAAUACAUUGGGCUGUUGCCUCGAUUAGGGAUAGUCAAUUGUUUCAGAUCCUUAUUGUUGCCCAAAAUGGAUCUUUCAGUUUUUGCCCGGUUUGUUGACCGUUGGCUCCUUGACUAGCAACAAACUAGUUUAUUAUUAUUAUAACUAUUAUUAUUUUUUUGUAAUUUACAAAAUACUAUUUAAAUUGUUUUUAUAAUUAUUUUAUACACUUUUGUAUGUUUGUUAGUCAAUUUGAGAUAAGGUUUGUAAAACUGUAAAAACAGUUUCUCCUUUAAUAUUUUGUUAAAUAUCAGACUUUUUAUGUUUUUUAUAAAUAUUAUAUAAAAAUGUCAAUUUGUGUUUAUUUGAUAAACUGCUGUUAAACUUC